CGCCAAGCUCUUUCACAAUGUGCUUAUAGAAUAUUGCUGUGUUCUCUCUCUCUCUCUCUCUCUCUCUCUCUCUGUGAGGCAGGCAGGGCAGCAGAGCGGUGAACUCAGCGUGUUCUCACAUUUGUAUUGGGCAGGCUGGUGAGUUUGUGAGAGAGCACUGAGCAGGGAUGAGCACCAGACAGUGAGGAAGAGAACGACAGAGGAGUAAAAAAAAGGAGUGCAGCUGGAGUCGGAUGCUGUGGUGAACGAGAGCUGGCAUACCUCUCUCUCUCCCUCCAUCUCUCUCAGUCUGUCUCCCCCACUCCCAUGCUGUUGUGAUAGACAGCACGGCACUCUCGGCUCGGCUGCAUGGAGGCACAGGGAGGGGCAGGGAGCCCAGAGCCCAAUAAAGACAUCCAGAAGUUGCUGAAGCCCUCCAGCUCAGGGGACCUUUCCAAGGAGUUGUACCAUCACCCAGUGGGGGAAGAGGAGGGAGGGCUCCCAGGACACACCACUGGCCUGCUGCACGUCACCGAGAGGAGACGUGAGUACCGGGAGCCUCUGAGCAGCGUGUCCUCCCUGGAGGUGCACUUUGACCUCCUGGACCUGACAGAGCUAACCGACAUGUCUGACCAGGAGCUGGCUGAGGUGUUCGCUGACUCUGAUGAGGAGAACCACAACGAGUCCCCAGCAGGCCACCACCAGCCACCCCUGCCCAGAGGAGGUUACAUGCGCUCCCCCUCGUGGACCCGUUGCAGCAAGGCUGAGCCCCCCAGGGAGAGGAAGCACCACAGUGACUCCGACACCACCGCAGGGCCCUUAAUGAAGCUGGAGAGGCCUAAGCAGCCCUGAAAGCCUGUGGGUCUCGGAAAGAGAGAGGCCCAGAGCGGACACACCGAGAGCGGGCACAGAGACCACACCAACUGCCCCAACCCCUGGUCCGGGCACUGAAACAACCAUGGUGCUGAAGACACUACAGACAGACUGAGCUCUCGAUGCUGUGCACUGUAUUAUAAACUUAACAUGAAACCAUGUCUGUGAGUGAAAUACACACACACACACAUACAAACACACACAAAAUGACACACGGAUAUCUGCAAAAUCACACACACGUACACACAUGCUAUUUAUUGUGUUUUCCAUGCAAGGGGUUCCACUGGCACAAACACUGGAGGGCCAGUGUGCUUUUUAAGGCUUUGUUUGGGAUGAACAACAGGGUAUAAGGCUGUCCCAGUGUGGGAAGAAUGCUUGGUUAAAAGCCUCCCCAUCCCUGCAGCAUCUUAGGGGUGGGAGAGUGGGCUUGGAGGGGUGGGACGG